AUGAGACAACUUACUGAAGAUGAAACAAGAGUAGUCUUUGAAAAAUUGGCAGGUUAUAUAGGUAGAAACAUUUCAAAUCUGGUAGACAACAAAGAAAACCCACAUGUUUUUAGAUUACAAAAGGAUAGAGUAUAUUAUGUGCCGGAAAAUGUAGCAAGAUUAGCUACUAGUGUUGCAAGAUCAAACUUAAUGUCACUUGGGAUAUGUUUAGGAAAAUUUACAAAGACUGGUAAAUUUAGAUUACAUAUAACUUCUUUAUCUAUCUUAGCUCAACAUGCUAAAUAUAAAAUAUGGAUCAAACCAAAUGGUGAAAUGCCUUUCCUUUAUGGUAAUCAUGUACUUAAAGCUCAUAUUGGUAAAAUGUCUGAUGAUAUCCCAGAACACGCUGGUGUUAUAAUCUUUUCUAUGCAUGAUAUCCCAUUAGGUUUUGGUGUAUCUGCCAAGAGUACAUCUGAAUCAAAAAAUUUACAACCAACUGCGAUUGUUGCCUUUAGACAAGCUGAUAUAGGUGAAUAUUUAAGAGAUGAAGAUACACUUUUCACUUGA